UAGCCACGGGUUUUCAUUUGUGAAUCUAUCCACGGUGUGUGGUGCAUAAGCUGACAAUAAUUAUUAUUAUGACAUAUUUGCCCAUUCGUAUGAAAUAAACAAGAGUCUGAAACCUGAAUCAGUAUUGAAGAAAAAUGGCAACCAUCAUUGCUGGCACCCCAACAUCUUCUUCGAUCAUCCGCAGUACAGGUAUUGUGCAUAAGCAACCUCUUGGAGUCUCAUUCCAGACCCUCGUUGGAUUGCCAUCAAUGUGUAAGGUGGGAAGAGUGAGGUGUUCCAUUAUGGAAAAGUCUUUUGUAAAGGAAAACAGCUCAAACAUAGGAAUGGGAGCAUCAUUGAUAGCAGCUAUCUGCGCUACAACGUUGUCAAGCCCAGCAGCAAUUGCUUUGGUGGAUGAAAGAAUGAGCACCGAAGGAACUGGGCUUCCUUUUGGGCUUAGCAACAACCUUCUUGGUUGGAUCCUUUUUGGUGUGUUUGGUCUUAUAUGGACUCUCUAUUUUAUCUACGCGUCCUCGCUUGAUGAGGAUGAAGACUCUGGAUUGUCUCUGUAAAACUAAAACUACUUUGUGUAUUUGUUCCUAGUUCCGACUUCACAAUAUCAUUCCACUUUUAUGCUACUUUCGAAUUGUCUA